UUUCCGUCUCUUCUCUCUCUCCUCUCCUUCCUCGCUGUUUCGCCCCUCGUUUGUCCUACCGACCUCUCUCCGCCGCUCGAAAUCCUCGCCUUAUCGCCGGAAUAGCGACCUCCGUCGGCGGAAUUAUCCCCUACGGAGGCGCUACGUUUGCCUUGCUGGCGGGAUUCUUCGUCGCUAGCUCGCUUGUUGCGCCGUUGGGGAGAGAGGGACGUCUCUGGAUCUCUUGCUGUUUUCGCCGGUGGAACCGGAAUGCGGGUUCAGAUUUCGUACUUAUAGCUCCGGGCAUCUGCGGAGACUGUUGGAUUCGGGGCUAGAAACCGGUGAUUGUGACGGUUUAUGGAAGUGUAUGCUUGGGUAGAGAUGUUGAAAAUCAUUAGAAUAACUGGAACAUAAAAAGACUUCAAAUAUUGCAGCUGUGUCUGUUUCUUUGCUAGUAAUAUGAUGACAAGAAGUGGAGGUGUUCCCUUAGAAGCAUCCAUAUCAUGGGGCACGAGAAUACAUAGAAGUACCACUGGAAUUCCUCAUCUGAGCGGUGCUAGCAGAGAAGCUUUUUCAAAGCAUAAAUUGGAGAAAUUCAACACAUCUAAUUUACAGAGGAUCAAUGACAUUCCAGAGUGCCCUGUUUUUUAUCCAACAAUGGAGGAAUUUGAGAAUCCCAUAGAUUAUAUUCAGAAAAUUGCUCCUGAAGCUUCAAAAUUUGGUAUAUGCAAGAUCGUGUCACCCUUACUUGCCUCAGUACCUGCUGGCAUUGUUUUGAUGAAGGAGAAAGCUGGGUUCAGGUUUACUACUAGGGUGCAGCCUUUUCGGCUUGCUGAGUGGAGUGCCGAUGACAAAAUCAGCUUUUUCAUGAGUGGAAGAAACUAUACGAUUCGGGAAUUUGAGAAGAUGGCAAACAAGGUAUUUUCCCGUCGAUAUUCAAGUGCCGGAUAUCUCCCAGAUAGAUACUUGGAAGGGGAAUUCUGGCAUGAAAUUAGCAGUGGAAAGAUAGAAUCUGUUGAAUAUGCAUGUGAUGUUGAUGGUAGUGCAUUUUCGUCUUCUCCUAAUGACCAACUUGGAAAAAGCAAGUGGAAUUUGAAGAGACUUUCUCGUGAUCCCAAGUCCACAUUGCGACUUCUGAAAGUUGCAAUUCCUGGAGUUACAGACCCCAUGCUCUAUAUCGGGAUGUUAUUCAGUAUGUUUGCUUGGCAUGUGGAAGAUCAUUACCUAUACAGUAUCAACUAUCAUCAUUGUGGAGCAUCUAAAACAUGGUAUGGUGUGCCAGGCCAUGCUGCCACCACAUUUGAGAAGGUGGUCAGGGAGAAUGUGUAUGGCGAAGAGCUACUAGCUUCGAAAGGAGAUGAUGCUGCAUUUAAUGUUCUUGUAGAAAAGACAACAAUGUUUCCGCCUAAUAUACUAUUAGAAAAUGAUGUUCCUGUGUGCAAAGCUGUACAAAGACCUGGAGAAUUUGUCGUGACCUUUCCACGAGCUUAUCACGCCGGUUUUAGCCACGGUUUCAAUUGCGCUGAGGCAGUGAACUUUGCUCCUGAUGAUUGGUUUCAAUUUGGCUCCAUAGCGAGCAAUCAUUAUGCACUUUUGAAAAGAAGUCCUUUAUUUUCAUAUGAGGAGCUAGUCUGCAAGGAAGCGGUGUUACUUGAUAAUAGAUUUUUUAAUGCAAAUUCAUUAAAUCUAAGACAGGUGAAAGACUUCUCCUCUCAACGCAUGAUAAUGAUUUCUUUUGUGCAAUUGAUACGAUUGCAGCACCGUGCUAGAUGGUUGUUAAAGAAAGGUGGCGCACACAUGCACCAUUCUUCGAAUUUAACUGGAAUAGUACUCUGCAGUAUAUGCAGGCGCGACUGCUAUUUAUGUUAUUUUCAGUGCCAUUGCAAUUCACAACCUGUCUGCCUUCACCAUGUCAAAGAAAGAGCUGAUUACUAUUGUUGUGGUAAGUGCAUCCUCUUUAUGAGGAAGGACCUGCAAGAACUGGAAGCUAUAGCACAGAAGUUUGAGCAGGAAGAUGGUAUAAAAGUGGCAAUUCAAAAGCAAAACUUGCUGUGUGAAACCAAAGAAGAUGGCUAUAGUCCAUAUUGCGAGAUCAACUUUUUUCAAACUCCUGAAACUGAUGCAAAAAUUGGUUUCUGCUCACAAAGUUCAAAUUGCAUAUCACAGAAAGAACACAUUGUGCAUGGCUCUCUCGUAUUUCAAACAUUUUCUGAUUCCUCAACUUUAUCAUCUUCGAUUGUGCUGGAUGAUGGUUCUUCAGUAGAAAAUGAUGAUUGUGGAAAGAUUAAUAAAGGAUCCCAAGCUAACUGUUUCCAUAGGUCUUCAAGAAGUGAAUAUGCCUCAACGCAAUUUAGUAAAUCAUACAAUAAACAUUCAAGUGACUGCACCAUGGGUUUCAGUUCUGUUCUUCCACAAGAUAGUGAUGAUUCUGACUGUGAAAUCUUCCGUGUGAAGCGCCGAUCUUCUACUAACUUGGUCAAGAGACCUGUAAAUCACGUAACUAGCACAAGAAUUCCUGAACACCAGGCGCUUAAGCGAUUGAAGAAGCUUCAUCAGAGUGGAGAAUCUGCACAUCUACCAUUUCAUAAAGAACACUCAAACCACUGCAGGAUAUAAACGAGGCAAAAGAUCUCAUCUCUCUCUCUUUUUUUCCUUUUGACCUAACACAGAUUGAUCCAAAUCAGUGAUUAUCAAAGUCUUCAGUCUCCAAGUUUGGAUUUGGAUUUUAAUCCUAACGCCUUCAUGGGAUUAACAUGCUCAAAAUUACUAUUCAUUAAUUGUUCAGGUCUUUAGGUUGACUUUAGAUUUAAUUUUAAUUCUGUGUUCCUAAUUUUUGUCCCUCCAAGAGGAGGUGUGAUGGUCAGAUUGUAUGUAUAUCCAUUUAUCUAAAUCCACAACUAAAGGUGCCCAUUGCCCCCUUGAUCA